UAAUGCUGUGGUGACAGAGUAGAGAGUAUUUACUUGCGUUCAGUCUCUUUUCAUAAUAUCUUGAGACGAACUCAUUUUCUAGAAUAUCAGCAUUAACAGCUCCUCGUCUUUUCUACGGGAUCAAUCCAGCGACCAACGACCACCAUCGAACACAAUGGCAUCACCACCAGCAGAUUCAAAGAGUGACACAACGCCUCCAACCACCAUUAGCCUACGCGCCCCAUCCAAAUACCUAUCCUCCUCCACGAAAUCCGAACCCGCGACCACAGCCCAGAGCCCCUUUAUCUCCCCGCCCCUCGACUGGCUCUGCCGUACCUGGUCCGUCACCCACUCGACCUUGUCCAUGUGGCAGUCGAAGCGCAACGUCCGCAUCACCUACAAGCCCCUCGAACCCUCCUCUUCCUCAUCCUCAUCUGCACCCAAGAUCGACGACCUAGUCGAGUCGGAAAAGAACAAUGGCAAAGGCGGCAUCAGCCGCAUCGAAGGGAUCGACACCCCCGACCCCUCAUCACCAGGGAGCUGGGACUGGCGCGGCAAGGGCUGGCUCAAGAUCGCGUCGAGCCACUGGGAGGUUCUGGGGUGGGGUGAACGACCGCUUAUGCGCGGCUUAGGGGAUAUGGGUGAGGGUGUUGAGAGGUGGGUCGUGACGUGGUUUGCGGCGACGCUGUUUACGAAGGAAGGGGUCGAUAUCUACUGUGACCGGCGGGAGGGCCCGAGUCCGGAGACGGUGGAGAUGAUUAUGAGGGAGCUGAAGGCGCUGGAUGCGGCGCCGACGGUGGUGCAGCUUGUGGAGAGGGAGAUGCGCGAUGUGGAGAUUAAGCUGCCGUGGAAGGAGAAGAACUAGUGGGAGGAUCUUGGGCGCAGCAGGACUCAGAGGUUGAGGUUAAGGAUGUUUGGGCCCGAGGAGCAUAAAGAGGAGGUUGGACAGGAGACUGAGAAACUGUCUAAAAUUAGUGGUAGACAGGGGCUUGUGGAUAUGGCUCGGGA